GUUGAAGAGCUGAAUGAUUUGUACACUAUCUGUGUACAGGAGCACCUGGCAUGUCAGAAAUGCUCUUUUGAAACAAAGAGGAACAGCAACAUGUUAACCCUUCCACUCCCAGUGUUGGAUUCCAAUUCUCACAUGCUGAAGACUCUGGAGGACUGCCUGCAAUGCUUUUUCCAUCCAGAAGAGCUGACUGAUCACAACAUGUGUUUCUGUGAACAAUGUGGAAGGAAAACACCUUUUCUGCAGAGCAUGAAGCUAGUCCAUCUGCCACAGACUCUGACCAUACACCUAAAGCGCUUCUGCUUCGAAAAAUCAGCCUCCAUUCGCAAGCUGAGUCACUAUCUGCCGUUCCCACAAGGCCUCGAUUUCAAUGCGGUCUUGACCGAAAACCAGUGCCAAGCAGAUGAUGAUGAAAAGGCUGCCUGGCAGUACGAGCUUUUUGCUGUUGUUGCCCAUUCGGGAUCAAAUAGUUGUGGACACUACUGUGCCUAUAUUCGAAGUCUCACAGAGUGUAAAUGGUAUUGCUUCAACGACUCUGAGGUUUGCCAGGUAUCAUGGGAUGAUGUGAAAUGCACCUAUGGACAUUUCAACCUUCACUGGGGGAACACGGCGUAUCUCUUGAUUUACAUGAAAAAAAAUCCUCACUAG